CGAAAUAAUAUUAUAGAAGAAGUAAACGGAAGUCAAGCGACAAAAUACAAAUUCCACGUUAGCGUUAUUGUUUAGACGUGUUACAACACCCUAGACUGAAAAAAAAACGAAUUAAACUACACCGCAUUAAAUACUUUCCUCAGGUAGUGUUUAAUUCGCGUUGGAUACGGGACUUGGUUGAUAGAUGUUAUCUAGGUAACGCUAGCUAGCUGCUUAGCUAACAAUGGCUAACUGUAUGGUUUUUCACACUCAAAUAGCCUCCGUCAUGGAGGUGCUAGCGAAUGCAGCCGUGGCAGAGAUCUGUAAACUCGUAGACGACGACUAUGCAGUAUUUCGUUUGGAAAUAACUCAAAGCCAGAAAGAAAACGGGGCCUUGCGGAGGAAACUACAGCUAUUGGAACUAAAGGUGGCACGGGAGCGCGCAGAGAGGACAAUACGAGAGCGCGUCCUCGCCAGUCGUCCCAGUAGUGUCAAGGUCCUCGACCGAUACAAAGGAAUGACAAGAGGUGGACAUCUCACUGGAGGCCACAGGAGCUUUGUGAAGCCAGCGGGUCACAAUACAUGGAGCGAUGACCAACCAAUCACUGUUGACGAGGGCACUCGAACCUCAAUUCAGAACAUUAUUGUGAUAGAGUCUGUAGAUGCAGAUGCUGGAGGAUCGCCUCUGGUCAAGCAGGAGAAGUCUGAAGGAGAGGAGGACCCACGGCACAACAGAGACAUCCAAACUGGAGCAGCGGCUGGAGUGCCCCCUAUAGCCACGGAGGACAACACCACCGCUCCAGCGCAGCCCAGGACCCAACGCAGCAUCACGGAGGUCAGUGGAACGCUGAACGCCGUCCUCAAGUCCGAGACAGACACAAAGACUUUAACUGUAACACGCAGGCUCUUACACACAGGAUUUGACCACAGAUCAGACCCAGAGAGACUUGGGCUGGGGAGACUGGGCUGUCCUCCUGCUCCCAGCUCCGAGUACUUACCAGUAUUUCACCAGACCCAGAGGACGGUUCAUUCCCGUGGAGAUGGUGAAGGUGACACAUUAGACACUGGCAGUGAUGAUCUGUCUUCCUCUUACGCUACAGAGAUGGAACCUGGCAACAUAUCCUUGGGUUUAGAGACACAGACUGAUCUGUCUAGAGGGUACUGGAACCAGUACAGUAGUAGUGUAUACUCUGAAGGGUGCCUAGAUAAGAAAAGGGAGGGUCUGGUCGUAGAUGUGAAAGUGGAGGGCGAUGCUCCUCCCACAUGGAAUGCAGAUAGUCACCUAGGAGACCGACACUCACAGGGCAGAGAAUUCUUAGAUUACAGAGGAAGCUUAGAGACUAAUCCAAAUGUCGCAACCCACUCCCCUUUACACGCGUUCAGGGAUCGCGAUCCAGUGUCCGCGUCGAUGGGGCUUUCUGAUUCACAGGGCCCCGUCCUUUUCGAUCAGGUCUUGAACUCAAACGACCAAAGGGCAAAUGCUCGGGGAGGUGGAGAAACAUCAGGCAAUACUAAAGAGAAACGGUUCCUCUGCAUGUUCUGUAACAAAGGCUUCAGCUGCCCCCAGAAGGUGGAGAGGCACCAGAGGAUCCACACAGGUGAGAAACCCUACAGCUGCCCCCAGUGUGAGAAAAGGUUCUCCCGCCAGGACCACUUGAAGUUGCACCAGAAGGUCCACACAGGGGAGAAACCCUACAGCUGCCCCCAGUGUCACAUGCGCUUUACCCAGGCUGGCAACCUGAAGAUGCACCUGAAGGUCCACACGGGAGAGAGGCCAUUUGCCUGUACGCACUGCGGGAAGAAGUUCUCAGAGAGGAGAUACCUCAGGAUACACCAGCAGAAAAACCAUUCCACUCUAACAUAGAAAGUAACCAUUCCACUCAAUAGCUUCUGGCGUUUAGAUCAAACCCUGCAUUAAAGACAAAGACUAAUUUACAUUGUUGUCAACAGAAAUUAUGCUUUUGGAAUAACCAGAGUAACAGAUUUCAGUGUUGAAUAUUCCUGGGCAGAAUGUUGCAUCCAGACAUUGUGAUAUACACUGAAUGUAUAAAACAUUAGGAACACCUUCUCUUUCUAUGACAGACGGACCAGGUGAAUCCAGGUGAAAGCUAUGAUCCCUUAUUGAUGUCACCUGUUAAAUCAACUUCAGUCUGUAAAUGAAGGGGAGGAGGCAGGUUAAAGAAGGAUUUUAAAGCCUUGUGACAUGGAUAGUAUGUGUGUGCCAUUUAGAGGGUGACUGGGCAAGACAGACUAAAGUGCCUUUGAAUGGGGUAUGAUUGUAGGUGCCAGGCGUACUGGUUUGAGUGUGUCAAGAACCGCAAUGCUGCUGGGUGUUUCACUCAACAUUUUCCUGUGUGUAUCAAGAAUGGUCCACCACCCAAAGGACAUCCAGCCAACUUAACACAACUUUGGAAGCAUUGGAGUCAACAUGGGCCAGCAUCUCUGUGGAAAGCUUUCGACAUCUUGUUGAGUCCAUGUCCUGACGAAUUAAGGCUGUUCUGAGGGCAAAAGGGGGUGCAACUCAGUAUUAGGAAGGUGUUCCUUAUGUUUUGUGCAGUCAGUGUAUAAGGCACAUUCACUCCUGAGAAAUCUGUUUCAUAUUGUGUUUGUGCUGUGUAGGAUAUAUGAUGUUCACAAAUGAACCCAAAACACUUUUAAUGAGAAAAUGAAUAGUUUAUGAAGAUCAUGCAGAUUUCUUUGAUGAGUAUGUGUGGUUUUCAUAUGGUAUAUUUAACACUUGUUUAUGUUUAGCCCCUUCCACUUGUGGAAAUUGGUCAAUAUGGAUUGAGCCAAAUUGAAAUUUCUAACAGAUUAACUAUUAAAAGAAUAUGCAUUACCAUGGUAGAAAUUGAAGGAGAACACUUUAGAGUUGAUGGGGAAAUUAUUUGACCAAAGGUGAAGACAACAGUUCACCUGACACAAGACUGAAUCCAAACAUUACACGGUUGAUUUUAUGUGCAUUGGACAUUUACUGUACUUUUCAUGGCAUUUGUCAAUAACAAAAUCUGAAAAUACUCUGGAAACAUUCAGUAACAAAAUAUGAAUAUUCAUUGUAAUUUUGGAGUGGGAGCAAGAUAGGUAAAAAAUGGUUUGAGUCAAAUGUAUUUAUAUAGCCCUUCUUACAUCAGCUGAUAUAUCAAAGUGCUGUACAGAAACCCAGCCUAAAACCCCAAACAGCAAGCAAUGCAGGUGUAGAAGCACGGUGGCAGGAAAAACUCCCUCGGAAGAAACCUAAAGAGGAACCAAGCUAUGAGGGGUGGCCAGUCCUCUUCUGGCUGUGCCGGGUGGAGAUUAUAACAGAACAUGGCCAAGAUGUUCAAAUGUUCAUAAAUGACCAGCAUGGUCAAAUAAUAAUAAUCACAGUAGUUGUUGAGGGUGCAACAAGUCAGCACCUCAGGAGUAAAUGUCAGGUGGCUUUUCAUAGCCGAUCAUUAAGAGUAUCUCUACCGCUCCUGCUGUCUCUAGAGAGUUGAAAACAGCAGGUCUGGGACAGGUUGCACGUCCAGCUCAGGGUUCCAUAGCCGCAGGCAGAACAGUUGAAACUGGAGCAGCAGCACGGCCAGGUGGACUGGGGACAGCAAGGAGUCAUCAUGCCAGGUAGUCCUGAGGCAUGGUCCUAGGGCUCAGGUCCUCAGAGAGAAUUAGAGAGAGAGCAUACUUAAAUUCACACAGGACAUGGGAUAAGACAGAAGGAAUACUCCAGAUAUAACAGACUGACCCUAGCCCCCCGACACAAACUACUGCAGCAUAAAUACUGGAGGCUGACGCUUCUGACAGGAGCGGUCAGAAGACACUGCUGCCCCAUCCAAUGAUACCCCCGGACAGGGCCAAACAGGCAGGAUAUAACCCCACCCACUUUUUCAAAGCACAGCCCCCACACCACGAGAGGGAUAUCUUCAACCACCAACUUACCAUCCUGAGACAAGGCUGAGUAUAGCCCACAAAGAUCUCUGCCACGGCACAACCCAAUGGGGGGCGCCAACCCAGUGAGAGGUCUAACUGGUUAAAGAAGUGUGCAUUAUUUCGAAGUAAUUUCAGUGCACUUUUAUGACUUUAUGGCUUAUUUGAGCUCUGCUUGCAUUGGCAUUGAGGAACUGAAGCAAGAACACUUGCAGUUUUUUGUUUGGAACACAACCCUGCGUCCCCACCAUCACACAAUUCGAGACCUUGGGACUAUAAAGGCUCUCACAUUUUGGUCAAAAAUGUGUUAUUCACAUAGUUGCUCUUUAGUUGGUACUCCACAUGUGUGAUGUCAGAUUUGUGAUAAAGACAACUUACGAUGAUAAAAGAAAAAGUGAUAUCUUCGCAAACAUCUUUGAAACCCAGGUUGACAUUUCAGAGCCAUAAGGCU